ACAGCCAUAUUUUUUUCUCAGGAUCAGAGUUUCUAACACUAAGAAGUUAUGAAAACUUUCCUAUUUUCUCAAACCAGAGGUUUGGAACGUUAUCAUAUUUAGUUACAAUUACCGGCAUAGGAGUGGUGACAUUGUAACCAAAUUUGAUAGAAUGUUGAUGGAUAGGCAGGACAAAAUGAAAAUUGCGAUUAAAAAAAUACCUUAUUGUGUUUAUAAAAUUAAAAUGUGUUAAAUGUAUUUGAUUAUAUGUAUGUUCUUAAAUAAAAAAUGAUAUUUUCCGUUUAAAUUAUUAUCUGUUAUGUAUUAUCAAAUAUCUUAUUUUUACCUUUAAUGAUGUAAAAAUAGCUAUCAGAUUUAUAUUAAAUAAUAAUUUUAAUUUCAAAUUUUUCUGAAUUCAAGGUAAUUUUAAUUAUUUAUUCUUACUUUAUUUUAAAUAUUUAAUAUCAUUUCAUUUAUUUAUUUUUAUUUAAUUAACAACUAUUUCAAUAAGAGAACUUAAUCUGAAAUAUUGUAUGUCUACUACGGACUAGAUUUCGCUUCAUAAUAAACAGGUUAUAACAAUUGCCAUCCCUUCUCUGAGUUCCACAUUCGUUGUAAACUAAAUAAAUACAGUCAGAUGAAAGCGCGGAAGAUAAACACAUUUAAUUAGAAGUAUAAAAGCUAUGGAAAUAUGUCCCAUUUUAUUCAUGAUAAUAUAUAUUGUUAGCUAAUAUUGUGAUAUUAAAAUUAAUUUACUUUAUACUGCUGAUUAAUAAUAUUUUUAAUAUGUUGUGUUUUCUAUUUAUAAUAUGUCUAUUAUUUUUACAUAAAAUUGCGAUUACUCAAUUUGAUAUUGCUGAAUAUUGCAUUAAUGAUAAAAAUGAACUCGGUUAUUGUAUUAAUAUAUUAAGUUGCUCUUUUAUGGAAAAUAUACUACAAAAUGAAAGGGAUAAUGCUUCAGCUAUCGAAUUUUUACGUAAAUCUUCAUGCGGAUAUGAAGAUAAUGCUCCAAAAGUUUGCUGUCCAUUAGGAUCUGAAAUAUCAAAUUUUAACAAUAUUAAUGACAAUAAAAAGAAAGAUGAAGUACCUAAUAAAACUGUUGUCAUUCGACCUGAAAAGUUGUCUACUUACGAAACAUUGUCAUACUCAAAACUACCAACUCCAAAAUCAUGUGGCCGUAAAAAUUCUAUCCCUAGUUUUAGAAUUAUUGGUGGACGACCUGCUGAUUUAGGUAGUUGGCCAUGGAUUGUUGCAAUAGGAUAUAUAAGUAUUUACGCACAAAAUAAUCCUCCACAAUGGUUGUGUGGUGGUACUUUAAUAUCUGAUAGAUAUGUAGUAACAGCAGCUCAUUGUACAAUAGGAUUAGGAUACAAAAAAAUAUCUGUGGUACGCAUAGGAGAAUUAGACUUCAAUCCUGAUACAAAUGAUGGUGCUAGUCCAAUUGACGUUUUUGUCGAAAGAGUUAUGACACAUGAAGAAUUUAACUGGCAAAAUAAAACUAAUGAUAUAGCAAUUCUUAAGUUAAACAACUCCAUUUCGUUUAAUAACUUCAUUCAACCUAUUUGUUUACCAAUUAUGCCCGAUUUAAGAGUCAACCAAUUUGUUAAAUAUAUAGCUAAAGUAGCUGGAUGGGGUUCAACAGCAUACCACGGGUCUUUAAGUACAAUGUUGAUGGAAGCUUUCAUACCUGUAAUCAACAAUUCUGAAUGUUAUCGCUCCUAUGCAGAUAAAAAUGUCGUUCUUGAUGAAAGAAUUUUAUGUACUGGAUACAAAACUGGAGGAAUAGAUACUUGUUAUGGUGAUUCUGGAGGACCGAUGGUUUUAGAAAUUGAAGAGCAAAGUUACUUGAUUGGAGUUUUAUCAUUUGGAUUAAAGUGCGGAGAACCAAAUUUUCCAGUUGUAUAUUCAAGAUUAACAUAUUUUGUUGAUUGGAUUGUUGAAAAAAUUAAUAGUAGUGAGGAUUCCGAUCAUAUAUGAGUUGAGAAACAAUAUUAAAAAAAUUUUAGAACAUAAAUUAUCUUUAAUUUGAAUUGUUAUAGUUUUUAAAACCAUAUAAUAAAUAUUAUCUAUUUUAUUAUAAUCAAUUUAUUAAUUUAUUAAUUUUAUAUUUUUUGUUGUAUUAUUGUAAUGUUUCAACUUAAUAACAUUUAAACAUACUUGUAAAUAAACCUUCAUGAA